UUUUCGGUCAGUCCCGUUUGACGGUCGCGUCAGAGAGCAUUAAUUUUUCAUCGCGAGUUUGCAUUUCCUAAAAGUAUAUGCACAAAAUACGACGAAAAAAUAAUCUGCCAACAAGCCGAACUGGGAAUAUCCACUGUGUAACUAGAGAUUGUUCUAUUAGUAAGAAUGCCUGCUGGAUAAUCGACCACGGAAGUGACAACAGGCGAAAAUUUUACACUGCGUACUAGUUCGUGCAGGGGUUGGUAGAGGUGGCGUGUCGUCUCGACUCCAACCAGCAAGGCGAGGAGGAUUCGCGUCCAACACAUCCGGAGAACACCGGGUGACAGUGCUGCUGAGCGAAAAAAAAGUUGAGUGUGCGGCAAACAAGCUUCUGUCGAUCGUCGUCAUCGAUAGAAAAAGAAAAACAGUGCAACACGUCGUGACAUUUUCUUCGUUUUCCCUUCUCGAGCUGCUCUCCGUGUUAAAUCGUGCUUUUGUUAUUAUUCCUUUGCUGGCGUGCAGAAAAUACUCGAGAAGAAAGCAGCAGUAGCAGGAAAGAAAGAGUUUCCCCCCGCGGGAUAUAAAUAGUACGCGGGAGUCAAUCGGAUAUACCGGGCAAUUCUGUGCAGGAGCAGCAACAACGGUUGCCGUUCGGCGCUCGGCUAGAGGUAGACAACAGACGACGCAGAUCUCCAGGCGCUUUCCCCAGAUACCAACAGCACAGCACGAUCGCGAGUAUGUCGGGAACGACAGGGAAGCGUAAGGAAAUUUACAAAUACCUGGCACCAUGGCCACUGUACUCGAUGAACUGGUCGGUCCGGCCGGACAAACGCUUCCGGUUGGCGCUCGGUAGUUUCGUAGAGGAGUACAACAACAAAGUGCAGAUUAUCAGUCUCGAUGAGGAUACGAGCGAGUUUAGUGCUAAGAGCACGUUUGAUCACCCGUACCCCACGACCAAGAUCAUGUGGAUUCCGGACUCGAAAGGUGUCUUUCCUGACCUGCUGGCCACCAGCGGAGACUAUCUGCGAGUUUGGCGUGCUGGCGAACCGGACACCCGGCUGGAGUGUGUCCUGAACAACAACAAAAACAGUGACUUUUGUGCCCCGCUCACUUCGUUCGAUUGGAACGAGGUCGACCCGAAUCUGGUUGGAACUUCAUCGAUCGACACGACCUGCACCAUCUGGGGACUGGAGACGGGUCAACCGUUGGGCCGAAUCAAUCUGGUAUCCGGUCAUGUCAAAACUCAGCUCAUUGCACACGACAAAGAGGUGUACGAUAUUGCAUUUUCUCGUGCUGGCGGCGGUCGGGAUAUGUUUGCCUCGGUGGGAGCGGACGGAAGCGUUCGAAUGUUCGAUCUGCGUCAUCUGGAACAUUCGACUAUUAUUUACGAGGAUCCGGCGCAUACGCCGCUGUUGCGACUGGCCUGGAACAAACAGGAUCCAAACUAUUUGGCCACGGUCGCGAUGGAUUCGUGUGAGGUUAUCAUAUUGGAUGUAAGGGUUCCCUGCACUCCGGUGGCAAGAUUGAGCAAUCAUAGGGCUUGUGUGAAUGGAAUCGCUUGGGCACCGCACAGCUCCUGUCACAUUUGCACCGCGGGCGAUGACCAUCAGGCACUGAUUUGGGACAUUCAGCAGAUGCCACGACCGAUAGAAGAUCCGAUUUUAGCCUACACGGCAGCCGAAGGGGAAGUAAAUCAAAUUCAAUGGGGAGCUACGCAACCCGAUUGGAUUGCCAUCUGCUACAAGACGGCCUGUGAGAUUUUAAGGGUUUAAAAAGUUUCAACUUCACGCUAUUGUACAUAUGAAGACUGAUUUGAGCUUGUUUUCUUUACUCUCUAAUGCAUGCUUAUCUCUCACUUCUGCGGAGCUUCCAAUGUCACUUUCAGUAGCCACUUUUAUCAUGUUUAACAUUAACACAGCAGUGCAAGUGCCCCUGUUUAUUUGUACAUAUUAGGCGCAACGUUCUCAGCUAAAAACCGAUCUUCAAACAAUCAUUGAAAUAACCACAAUCGCGAGAUAACGCAAACAACGGAAGUCUGUGGUCAGUUGUUCCGCAAUCUUGCCUGCAACCAAUCGUACUUUUGUUUAGGGCUCCAAUCAGUGUCACCGUGGUCAACCGGUAGUUUUCCUUGACUGUAAUCAAGUUGCACUUGCAACAGCACAUUUAGCGGCCUAUAUAGCCAAUCAGAAAACAAACAAAAACGAGCAACAUUCUUGUGUUCAUGCAUCGGUCUAACAGAAGAGACGAGUGGUCGUGGCAGCGGCUUUCACGUUUUGUUUUAGGUUCGCCGCGUGAAUCAUUUUCGGUGUCGGUUGCCACCAGAAGAUGGAACAGAAGAAAAUAAUAAACUGCAAAUUGCAUAAAAACACAAACAAGUAAUACAAAUAAAAAAAAACAAUUAGUUUUAAGGUAGUUUUAGAGGGAAAAAUAACAGAACAUAACUUAUACAAUAGAAAUACACACAGUUGUCAACUGUGUCUAACUGGUCUGCAUUGGUACUUAUUCACAGACUAACAGGCAUAGCACUUAGAACUUAUUUUAGAGUGCAACUUUUUGUCUUCACCUGAUCAUAUACACUAACCCGGGUUAGAAUUAACAGUUCUCGAAUAUGUACGGUAAGCUAUCCAGUACAUGGCAAGUGAUGGCAACGCUGUUAGUGGCGAUUAUCCCAACAAGCGAAUUUCUGUUUUUAAGUGAACGACGAAAAACAAAGAGUGUUGUGCCUGUUAGUAUGUUACUUAAUUUUCUAAGUUUACUGUACACAAUACAAUAAUAAAAAUACAUUUUUAUGAGAGUAACCUUGAAUCGUAACACUAAAUGCUAACUUCUAUGAAUGAUCAUUUUAUUAGGACCAUAAUAAACACAAGAAACGAACAA